CAAGUGGACCUUCAAGGUUUGUCCCUGUGUCCCCUCUUUUUGACAAAAGUGUACAGUAUGAUAUCUCUGACUACUUUUCGAUCACAACGCGUUCGACCGUUUCACUAGUUUAAAGAAGCUAGUCAACAGCACACCACUCUUGCCCGCACCCCGCAGGCACAACGUCCUCGGCUCAUACUUCUGAGAUGUUGUGUAUGGAGAGCUUAAAGCGGGCGCAUGUGAAACCACUCUCUCCUCGAUAGGGUAGGGUGUUCGCUCAUGCAAAAACUCUCAAACAGCUCACCUUUUUUGCGAUCGCCCACGGAAUAAUGUCUUGACUGCGAAGCAGAAGCGGGAAGGGACGUGACUCGCAGACGCCGAAUCCGGUGCCCGAGCGGGCACAUUGGAGGAUCGCGAGGAGGAUCGCGGUGGGAUGGUUGUUUAUGCGCCGGAGGGAAAGAGGUGGAGUCGUGACCGAGGGGGUCGUGAGGACCGCCGCCGCGCAACCAAAGCACAACGUGCUUCGCCUGCAAACGGGCCUCUUGCUCGUCCUAGGCAUGCUGGCCGCAUUGCGGGCCGCCCAGGGUGCUGGCCGCUGCCCCUGGUCCUGGUCCUGUCUACGGUAACGGCUUUCUGGAGUUCUCUUGGGUCGUGUUAUCGAUUGUGCGUGCGCUCGAGCGCUGCGGGUUAUUGGCUGCAAUUGGGAUAUUCUGCGGCUCGUCGCAGCGAACUUCGGGCCCGGAUAGGGCAGGGUAGGGGUAUAUUGAUACCCUUGUGUACGGAUGCAUGGGUUACGGGGGAGAGCUCCCCCUACAGUACCUGGUUGUCCGGGAAGAUUGUGAUCAGCGUGCAGUUAACUGCAACAUGGUUGCUCUCCCGUGACGAGAGGGGUGCCUUGAAGAAAGAGGGCUUGGACCUUGGUAAGGGUUCUGCGCAGGUCUUGGUGAGUUUGGGUAAGCUGCGGGACGUUUGUGGCCCCUCUAUGUCAUCGCGAACUGCUGAAGGAUUCAAGACACGGGCUGGCGUUGGGUUGCUGACACUAGCGGAGGAGCGUGCUCUCGGCCCGUGGUGAACCGAGAGCUUGGAGCGGUUUCGGAUGAAGAAAAGAUGAAGACGGUGAAUGUUUUUUCCUAAAGGGGUAGGAUAGAUCAGGUAGGAAAAGUGAAG